UGUAUAGCCGGAUACUUUAUAUACAACUAUUUACAAAUGGGCAAAAAUAAAUCAAUUAUAAGACCAAAUGUUGGCGUAAGUGAUGGUAUCAAAAGUGGUCAUCUAUUCAAAUACUUUCGGAUUAGUGGCUCACCUGAUGUUAAAAAUGAAAACUUGUAUCCAAUUGUUUAUAACAAUAAUUAUGGCAUUAGUUUCUAUAGGUUGGAAAGACUGCAUCAUUUUGACGCACAAAAGUGGACUAAAAUAUACCACUUUUUGAACACACAUUUUGAGGAAAAGGGCACACCUUUUACGACAGUAUCGCCGCUCCGGGAGAUAAAUACCAAUGAACUCGAGUUAAUACAUACCAAGCAAUUUAUCCAGGACAUUCACUAUAACUCGGGGACUAUAGCCGAUGCACUGGAAAUAUACAUGAUCAGGGUCGUGCCAAGUUUUAUAUUAAGGUCAGCCCUAAUCACGCCAUUCAAAUGGCAGACAUCGGGCAGUGUUUUGUCGGCAUAUAUGGCGCUGACGUACGGGUGGGCCGUAAACCUCGGCGGAGGUCUCCAUCACUCGUCCCGUCAGAGCGCUCAGGGAUUCUGUGUUUUCGCCGACAUAUCCCUUAUUAUGCAGUAUUUGUGGCAACAUUUGGACGAUAGCCUCAAGUUUAUGAUCAUUGACCUGGAUGCUCAUCAAGGCAACGGCUAUGAAACGGAUUUAUUUCUAUUCCCGCAAAGACUGAGAGAAAAAGUAUACGUUUUAGACGUAUAUAACAAAUAUAUUUAUCCGAGGGAUGGGGUGGCAAAGGGUUUCAUCAAUAGAGGUGUGGAACUCCUACCCAACACGAGUGAUGAGGAAUACCUAAAACUAUUAAAUAAAAAUAUAGUGAAAGCGUUUCAAGAGUUUACCCCAAAUCUGGUUAUAUAUAACGCGGGAACAGAUAUACUAAGCGGUGACCCAUUGGGUGGACUCAACAUAUCCAGGGAUGGGGUACUGGAAAGGGAUGUCAUUGUCUUUCAAAUGGCUAAACACAACGAAAUUCCUAUUGUUAUGUUGACCAGCGGUGGAUAUCAGUUGUCAAACGCCCGGAUAAUCGCCGAUUCAAUCAUUAAUCUAAUGGACAAACAGUUAAUCAAUUCAGUUGUGGAACGGGAGGAAAGUUAUGAGAAAUCA